AUGGCGCGACUCAGGUCCAUCGUCUUCAGGUACCUACUGCUCCUCAGUGUCAUCUCCGCAGCACAAGAAGAUGGCGAUGGCGACGGCGACGGCAGCGUCGAGCUGGGGCCGCGACUGCCAGGUGACUCCGAAUACUGGCUGCGGCUGCGGAGCUUAUCCUUUAGCGAGGGCAAGCUGGAGCCCCAGUUCGAUGGCAAGGGCCACGACUUCACGCUGACCAUCGAAAACCCUGAAGUCAAGAGCUUCAUCAUCACUGUAGAACUGGACCUCAAGUACUACGAUCUACUGGCUCUACCAAGGAUUGAGGUGGACGGGAAGGUGAUUGAAGUCAGCCCGUUGAACACCAUCGUGGUGCCGGUACUGAUGAACUCGUCCAUCGGGCCCGAGGACAAGAUCGUGUCUAUCAAGUUGAUGGACCCCUCAGGCAAGGGCUUCGGUGGCUUCCUGGGCUUCGGGGCCAAGCCACGGGAUCACGAGUACCGGAUCCGUUGCCUGCAGCCCCCGGAGUUCCAAAACGCCGGGGGCUGA